AUGGCGCAGCUCAGCCCAGCCACCAAGCCUCUAGCAGGAAUGCUGGCGUCCCUGAUGCUGCGACAGGUGGGUGGUGGAACGGUGGGCUCUCUUGCAUCCCUCCCAUCCGUCCCCUGCAUACGCCAUUUCCAUGCUCCCCAUCACAGUGUGGAUCACAAUCUCCUCCACCUAACUUCCACCUCUCCCCCUCUUUUGCAUCCCUCCCCUCCUUCCCCUGCAGUGUGCCAUUGCCAUUUCCACUGUAAUCACAGUGUGGAUCACAGUCUUCCUACUGCAACUCUCAAGCCUCCCAAACCUCUACUCCCCCACUACCUCUCCCCUCCUUCCCCUGCAGUAUGCCAUUGCUAUGCUCCCCAUCACAGUGUGAAUCACAGUCUCCUCCACCUAACUUCCACCUCUCCCCCUCUCUUGCAAAACCCCCCAUCUCCCCUCCCUCUCCUCCUCUCUUGCAAAACUCCCCACCUCCCCUCCCUCUCCCCCUCUCUUGCAACCCUUCCCCUGCAGUACGCCAUUGCCAUGCUCCCAAUCACAGUGUGGAUCACGUACGCCAUUGCCAUGCUCCCAAUCACAGUGUGGAUCACGGUCUUCCUCUCGCGACUCAACAUGGCCAUAUGA